ACUUCGCCGUGCACCUGGUGGCCAAUUUCACCAACCAUCAACUGCUUGUCCACCCGAACUUCCUACAUGCCCACAUCUACCGCUUCAUUUUCGCUUCCCUGUACUCGCUGUUUAUCAGCGAAACGUCUGAAGACAAGCUCGAUUCAACUUCACCGCGUUGUUCCUGUUCGUCGAUAUGCGAACUCUUCAGCUCAACGAACGGACGAGGAUAAGGAGGAAGCCUUGAAGGAUAGUGGAGAGGAUCAGAAAGAUGAAGGAGCCAUGUCACGCCGUCUCCGCGACAUGAGCGAAGCAGCUCUCGAAACUGGCGGUCGCAGCGCACAGAGUACAGUCUCUUCAGCUGGCUUCAGCGAAGAACUCAAAAAACAGCUUGAAGAACGCAUAGCCUCCGCAAACUUUCGCGCCGAGAAUCGAAAUGCUUUCGUAGAAGCCGAGUUGCCAUCGACCGCAAGCCGACACACCCGCGAUCUUGCCACUGCGACACCUUGGUCCGGUACAGAGUCUAUACACGAUGCGAGUCUUCGGAUGCUGAACGACUCACACAAGCCUAUGAAAGUGCGCACACCAGGGCCAUCAGCCCAGCUCCCCCGCUCAAUUGACACGGGACGGAGUAAAAGAGCUACGGGCGUUCGCCUGGCUGAUGCCAGAGACAGGAGCGGGCUAUAUAGCAGUCUCAAAGAUUCAGAAAUCGAUGAACAAGAGAAGCAAAAGAGAUUUCAACAACUCAAAGAUCGCUUCCAACCACACGGCCGUUCCGUCACUCCCGCUACAGUGCAAGGUCUUGCCUCUUUGGCCAACGAACGCAUCGAAGACGCCAUUGCACGAGGGCAAUUUAAGAAUUUGCCAAAUCGCGGCAAAGUCGUCGAGCGUGACUACAACGCCUCAAAUCCGUUUCUUGACACAACCGAGUACUUCAUGAACAAGAUAAUACAGAAGCAGGAUAUUGUGCCGCCCUGGAUUGAGAAACAACAGGAGCUUGUGGCAACUGCAAGCAAAUUCAGAAGUAGGCUGCGGGCAGAUUGGAAACGACACGCAGCAAGGGUGAUUGCAAGCAAAGGGGGGACGCUUCAGGAGCAAAUGAAAAAAGCCGAGGCAUACGCAAAAGCAGAAUUGAUUGUUAAUCCUCAAAAGAAGAAGAAAGAGAUCCUUAAUGCCGUUGAUGAUGACGGGCGCGUAUCCCAAAUUUCCCUAUCAGGCGAGCUCAAGAUAUCAUCUCCUGAAUCAUCAGAUACGACCAUCGCAGAAGAAAUCGUUGCGGAACGCACUUCACUCCGCAGCGAUACUCACACCGAUGAGUUUUCAACUGAUUCAAGCAACACCCCAGCUCAGAUUAUACAAGUUCCUCUCAACGACGGCUCUGCAUCCACACCACCAGCCGCUUACCCCUUCCGCGAUCCGGAUUGGGAAAAAUUGGAGUCCGCCUAUCAUGAGCUCGCGAUCAAUGAUCUGAAUACAAAAACCCGAUCUUACAACCUGCAAGCCCCAGAUCUAGCCAAGAAACCCUAUUUUUCACUCACACGCGAGCUUAACGCGUGCUAUUCCGACGUUGCGCCCCAACUUGCAGAAGCUAUCAAGGACCGAGCGACGAAGCCGAUUCGGAAGGUCGAGGGUUUCGGUCAAAGUCUUGCAGGCGGCAACGGCGGGGUAAUGGACCGGCUUGUAGGCGAGAAAGUCAGGGUACGGGACGAGAGAGUUGGCCGGCAGUACGGAUUCAAACAGUUUUGGCAGGAUGUCUGGGGCGCGGGGAAGAAUACGGCGUAA